AUUUAAAAUUGGAUCUAUUACUGAUUUUUCACUUUAAUCAAAUAAAAAAAUACUAAGUUUCAAUAACAGGCUCUGUAAUAUAAAUCUAAAUCAUAAGAAGGCGUGAAGAGCUAAACGCGGAUGUUGCUAUAGAAACAAUGGAUUUAGAUUUAUAAAAAAAUACUAACUGUAGGCCAGUCAUUUUGCUUCUUUAAAACAUUCAUUACAUAACAUCUCACGAUUUUUCUGAAUUACAAAAUUUAAUUUUAGUCAUAUUAUUGUUAUAAUAUAGCACGCUUAUAAAAUCAACUACAAUGAACAAUUUAGUGCUUUUCCUAUCAAAACAUAAACUUAUAAUAUCAACAAUAGUCGGUGUGACUGCUGGAAUAAUAUGCGGUAUGAGUCUGAAGCAUUAUACCAGAAAAUCAUGGUCUGAUCGAGAUAUCAUGUAUAUCAAAUUUCCUGGAGAGAUAUUUCUCAGAAUGGUGAAUUUUUUAAUAUUACCGCUUAUUACAUCCAGCAUUAUAAGUGCUACUUGUAAUCUCAGUAAAUCUGGACCAAUUAGAUUGAUGGCAUUAUAUUAUUAUCUAACGACUACUACAAUUGGAAUAAUUUUAUGUGUUAUACUUGUUGAGACUAUUCGACCGGGUGAAUUGAUGAGAAGUGAAAACAUAACUGUAUCGACAUCUACAAAAACCUUUAUGGCAGUCGACACAAUUCUAGAUUUAUUUCGUAAUUUAUUCCCCGAAAAUCUAAUACUUGCAUGCAUGUAUCAGCAUCAAACUGUCCUGGAAAAACCAGCCAAUGCAAAUACAGUACCAAUAGAAGAAUGGUCUAUAACAAGCGAAAAUGCAGCAGGAACAAAUGUCUUGGGUUUAGUAUUUCAUAGUCUAUUACUGGGUCUAGCAAUUGGAAAUAUAGGUACAAAGGGAAAACCAUUAUCAGAUUUUUUCAAUUGCCUGGCUGAUGUUAUGAUGAAUAUUAUAAAAUGGAUAACAUUAAUAGCACCGAUAGGCGCAUCAUUUCUUAUUGCUGGUCGAAUUCUAGAAAUCGAUGAUUUUGGUAAUGUGAUAAGCCAUUUAGGAUUUUACAUCUUAACUGUGUUUAUUGGUCUAAUACUACAAGGUUUUGUAAUACUACCCUUCCUUCAUUACAUCAUCACAGGUAAAUCACCUUAUAAAAUUAUAUUCAAACUUGGUCCAUCCUUUGCAACAGCCUUUGGAACAUCGUCAAGCACUGCCACCGUUCCAUAUACAAUACAAUGUUUAGAAGAUCUUGGAAUAAAUUCUAAAAUAACAAAGUUUCUUGUACCAAUUGGAGCAGCAAUAAAUAUGGACGGGAUAGCCCUGUAUGAAACCAUUGGAGCGAUAUUUAUUAUACAAUUACGUGGAUUGCAAUUUUCAUUAUUUAAAAUAAUAAUUAUCAGUAUUACAUGCACAGUAUCGUGUGUGGGCGCUGCUGGAAUACCUAGUGGUGGUUAUAUGAUGUUAAUAAUGGUAUUAAACUCUAUAGGAGUACCCGUUGAAGAUGUUACAUUGAUUAUUGCUACGGAUUGGUUUGUUGAUCGUUUUAGAACAACUAUCAACAUUAUAGGCGAUGCACUUGGUGCAAGCAUUAUAUCUCGCUUUUGCAAAGAAGAUUUAAAAGAAGACGAAAUGUGUCCAUUAGAAACAAAUGUUAUUUGUAAUGUAUCUACAUAAAUGCACUGCAUAAUAAAAGUUAGAAGAGAUUUUAUAACAUAGCAUAUAAUAGCAAAAUUUACUAAGUAUUGCGUAAUAACUUACUCAAUUAAAUCUUCCUUAUAAUGCUCGUUGUACUCAGUGUAAAUAUAAAUAUGAAAAAAUUUAAGAACAAGAGAAAAAUAGUGCAAUGCUGUAAUAUACAUAAUGUAGCACUGUAAAACAUUCAUAUUUUGACAAAAUGUGCAAUACAUUUAUUUAAUUGCUUCGUUUUACUUACAUCAAGAGUUAGAUUAAAAUUUAGUCAAGUUAACUUACUAAUUUUUUUAGUUUAUAUAUAGUUU